AUGGCGUCUACACAAACUACGCAAAAAAAUCUCGAUCUCAGUUCCAGCCCAUUCAUCAUCUCUGAACAAGAGGAUGAUGAUGCUUUGUUUGAUGCAAUCUUGCUCGAAGAAUAUAUGAAACCCUGCAAUCUGCCAGCUAAGUCUCAGAAUGAUACUUUUGAUGAUUCAAAGAGCUCAUCUAUGGAUACGCAACCAUUAGUCGAAGGAGUAAGAAGGAGUGCUAAUGGAAACAGUAUUCCUAUUCCAGCAAUGAAGAUGAAGGAAGCAUGGCUUUGUCAUCUACCUUUAAGGUGUAAUUCUUCGCAUAAGCCUAGUUUGUAUGGUUGUGAUUCUUCUAAUUGUUUUAUUACUAAAACUACAAUCACUGAAGAAACAGAAUGGGUAUUGCCAUGUGGCCAUGCAUAUCAUAACACAUGUUUUAACCAAGAUGGGUCCAAGUGCUUAUGUUGCUUAGACUUUAUUAAGGGUGGUGUUGAUAAACAUGUUCAAUCACUUCUAGAAGUUUACAUCAAAUUAAUUUGA